AUGGAGGCCGGCGGCGCCCGCCGCGAGAAGCCCCCGCCCGCCCCCGCGCCCGCGCCGCCCCCCCGCGCCCGCGACCCGCCCGGCGGCCCCCGCGACAAGGCCAAGCAGCGCGCCGCGCAGCACGAGCUCAAGCAGCGGCAGCGCGCAGAGAUCUACGCCCUCAACAGAGUGAUGACGGAGCUGGAGCAGCAGCAGUUCGAUGCCUUCUGCAAGCAGAUGCAGGCGUCUGGCGAGUGAGGGCCU